AUGCCUGAAACCAUCAGAGAACCCUAUCUCAGGGACCUGCACUUUCGCGGCUUCAUCGAAGGCAGCACCAUCAAGGACAAGAGCUCGGGAAGAGAGCUUGCUCACUACUUUGGCGGUCUGCCAUAUGGCCUUCCGCCAAUUGGACCAUACAGGUGGCGCCUGCCGCGCCCCCUCCCGCCAUGCUAUCGAUACGGUACCCGCGCCAAUCCCGGCCGCUUUACAGGAAACACGAGCAUGUGCCCACAGGGUCUUCCAUCUUGGGUAGAGAAUGCCCCGGACACCAGUAACCUCUGGGAUGAAGACUGCCUGCAGCUCAAUAUCUGGGUUCCUGCUGGCGAGCCCCCCGCAGGUGGCUGGCCCGUACUGUUCUACAUCCAUGGCGGCUUCCUGCAGGUUGGAAACCCUAAUGACUACAAUCCAGUUCCGCUGCUAUCCGAGACACCCGCACGCUUCAUCAUCGUGCUGCCUGCUUACCGCCUCAACCUCCUCGGCUUCCUUGCAUCACGCGAGCUUCAGGCCGCAUCGGGCGGCGAGGCCGUUGGAAACCUGGGUUUCUGGGACCAGCGUCUAGCCCUGGAAUGGACGCACAAGAACAUCAGCUACUUCGGCGGCGACGCUGGCAACAUCACCGUGGCCGGCUACAGCGCUGGGUCGCACAGCACCUUCAAGCAGCUUGCCUACGACCUCUACCUGCCUGAUGACAAAGCUGUGAUCCGCCGCGCCAUCAUGUGGUCCAAUGGGCCGGGCAUGCAGCCGAAGUCGCUGGACGCCGCGCAGGAACAGUUUGACGAGCUGCUCACCGUACUUGACAUUCCACUGUCUCUCCCGGCCCACGAGAAGGUCGAGCGCCUGAAAGCAUUGCCGCCGCGCCGCCUGCUUUCCGCCAUUCCGAGGAUGCAACGCCACCAGUUCCGCGCCGUCGUCGACGGCGUGUUCGUUCGAAAGAACCUCUACGUCGACAUCGACACGGGAGACUUCGCCCGGCGCAUGCGGGCGCGCGGCGUGGCCCUCAUGACGGGCGAGUGCCGCGACGAGCACAACUUGUACGGCACGUGGUACCCGCCGGCUAACAACCUCGAGUCACUACGCACGCGCCUGUGCGCAGAGUACCCCUCCUCCGCCGUCGACGUCAUCAUCCAGCACUACUACCCGCAGGGCCAGCUGCCGGCUGGUGUGAGCGACUGGCGCGACGCGUUCGGCAGGGUAUACGCGGACAUGCAGGUGCACCACCUGGAGCGCGGCUUCGUCGAGAAGCUGCAUGCCGGCGGCGCGGGUGAUCUCGUAUACCGCUAUCGCGUCGAGUGGCGGCUGCACUGCUGCGACCGCUUCUUGCCGCCUGGCUGGGGCGUGACGCACACUGCCGACAAGCCAAUCUGGUGGUGGGGUAAUGGGAUGGAGCUGAUGGACGAGGAGAAAGAGCUGGCCUGGACGGCUCUUACCGGACCAUACGUUCGCUUUGUCAAGGGCGAGCUGGACGAGCUGAGGCGGGAGUGGGGUACGAGCGGCCCGAGGCAGGUGCGGAUGGUGGAUCCGCAAGGUAAGCUCACCAUCUGGGAGGACAGCAUGUGGGAUGAGGGCACAGGCGUGUGGAACGAACUGCGCGCGGUUGGCGCGACACAGACGGGCAGAAAUAUCCACGAGAGCGCGAAGCUGUAA